AUGCCUGUUCCUUUCGAGACAUUGAUUCCUUAUGGAAUCAUGAUUGCCAUGUUUGGUGUCACCGGUGCUGGACUGCAUGUCAUCAAGGGCAUCCAGAACGGUGGAAAGAAGCCUCGCUGGGGUUUGGACCAGUGGGAUCGGCAAAUGAUGGACCGAGACCGUAGACUUACGGGCGACCUUCGUGGACAAAUUGGAAACCACGAAGCGCCUCCGGGCUUCGAGCUGAACAACCCUUGGAGAUUAGAGAAGCGCAUCUCGUAG